GAGUUGAACACUAACUUCCGUCAGAUCAUCUUCCCGGAGGCUCUGCGCUGCAUGUUGAAGGGAGAGGCGACCCUAGAGACCAUGCUGUCUGAGCUGGACCUCUUAGUGGAGCAGUGUGCAGACGGGGUCUCCCUGCAGGGGCUGGCCGACGCCCUGCACACACACCUCCGCAGCGCCGCCAUGGGCCUGGAGCACGAGGCAGACACACACUGUCUCCACAUCACCAGGUUAGGACAGGGGAACACACUGUCUCCACAUCACCAGGUUAGGACAGGGGAACACACUGUCUCCACAUCACCAGGUUAGGACAGGGGAACACACUGUCUCCACAUCACCAGGUUAGGACAGGGGAACACACACUGUCUCCACAUCACCAGGUUAGGACAGGGAACACACUGUCUCCACAUCACCAGGUUAGGACAGGGAAACACACUGUCUCCACAUCACCAGGUUAGGACAGGGGAACACACACUGUUCUCCACAUCACCAGGUUAGGACAGGGAACACCUGUCUCACAUCACCAGGUUAGGGGACAGGGACACACUGUCUCCACAUCACCAGGUUAGGACAGGGAACACACACUGUCUCCACAUCACCAGGUUAGGGACACUGUCUCCACAUCACCAGGUUAGGACAGGGAACACACUGUCUCCACAUCACCAGGUUAGGACAGGGAACACACACUGUCUCCACAUCACCAGGUUAGGACAGGGGGGAACACACUGUCUCCACAUCACCAGGUUAGGACAGGGACACACUGUCUCCACAUCACCAGGUUAGGACAGGGGGGGAACACACUGUCUCCACAUCACCAGGUUAGGACAGGGGAACACUGUCUCCACAUCACCAGGUUAGGACAGGGGGGAACACUGUCUCCACAUCACCAGGUUAGGACAGGGGAACACACUGUCUCCACAUCACCAGGUUAGGACAGGGGGGAACACACUGUCUCCACAUCACCAGGUUAGGACAGGGGGGAACACAGGUAGUAGGGUUAGUAGUAACUGGUUAUGUUAUAUGUGAUGUUUAUUGUAGGAUGUUGCGGGCCCAGUACUCUCAGCUGAUGCAGCCUCCAGGGGGCGGUGUGGACUCAGCAGGACAGGACUCUCCUAAGAUGUCUGCCGGUCAGAUGCUGCUGGUGGCCUUCGAUGGCAUGUUUGCUCAGCUCGAGACCGCCUUCGGGCAGCUCACAGAGAAGGUAACACGCACUUCCUCAAUCUCUUUCCUCUGUCUCACCCCUCUCUUCCUCAAUCUCUUUCCUCUGUCUCACCCUCUCUUCCUCAAUCUCUUUCCUCUGUCUCACCCUCUCUUCCUCAAUCUCUUUCCCCUGUCUCACCCUCUCUCUUCCUCAAUCUCUUUCCUCUCUGUCUCACCCUCCUUUCUUGCUCUUACUCUUACGCUCAAUCUCUUUCAUCUUAAACUCUCAUCUUUGUGUCUCUGGUCCCAUCUUGUUAUUCCUCUUCACUCCACAUUCCAUGUGUUUGUCAUGUCUAUAUGUCACUUAACUCUCGUCUUUCCUCUCUUCUCACUCCCCUGUCUUCCACUUCUAUUAUCUGUUAUUUAACUCUCCUCCCCUCCCCUCCCCUCCCCUCCCCUCCCCUCCCCCCUCCCCUCCCCUCCCCUCCCUCCUCCCCUCCCCUCCCCUCCCUCCCCUCCCCUCCUCCCCUCCCUCCCCUCCCCUCCCUCUCUCCCCUCCCCUCCCCUCUCUCCCCUCCCCUCUCUCUCCUCCCCUCGUCUCUCCUCCCCUCUCCUCCCCUCUCUCCCCUCCCUCUUCCUCCCCUCCCCCCCCUCCCCUCCCCUCCCCUCUCUCUCCUCCCCUCUCCCCCUCUCCUCUCCCUCCCUCUCCUCCCCUCCCCUCUCCUCCCCUCCCUCUCCUCCCUCCCUCUCCUCCCCUCCCUCUCCUCCCCUGCUCUCCCCUCCCUCGUCUCCCUCCCUCUCCUCCCCUCUCCUCCCUCCCUCUCCCCUCCCUCCCCUCCUCCUUCUCCUCCCCUCUCUCUCCUCCCUCCCCUCUCUCCUCCCCUCUCCUCCUCCCCUCCCUCCCUCUCUCCCCUCCCUCUCCUUCCCCUCUCUCCCCUCCCUCUCCUCCCCUCUCUCCCUCCCUCUCCUCCCCCUCAUCUCCCCUCCCUCUCCUCCCCUCUCUCCCUCCCUCUCCUCCCUCCUCCCUCCCCUCCCCCUCUCCUCCCCUCCCUCUCCUCCCCUCCCCUCCCCCUCUCUCUCCUCCCUCCCCUCUCUCCUCCCCUCUCGUCCUCCCCCUCUCCUCCUCCCUCUCUCCCCUCCCUCUCCUCCCCUCUCUCCCCUCCCCUCCUCCCCUCUCUCCCUCCCUCUCCCUCCCCUCUCCCCUCCCCCCCUCCCCUCUCCUCCCCUCUCCCCUCCCCCCCUCCCCUCUCUCCUCUCCUCUCCCCUCCCCUCCCCUCUUCCUCCCCUCCCCUCUCCUCUCCUCCCUCUCCUCCCCUCUCUCCACUCCCUCUCCUCCCCUCCCUCGUCCUCCCCUCUCUCUCUCUCCUCCCCUCUCUUCUUUUUCCUCCCCUCCCCUCUCUUCUUUCUCCUCCCCUCCCCUCUCUCUCUCCUCCCCUCUCUCUCCUCCCCUCCCCUCUCUCCUCCUCUCCCCUCCCUCUCCUCUCCACUCCCCUCCCCUCUCCCCUCCCCCUCCCCUCCCCUCCCCUCUCCCCUCCCCUCCCCUCCCCUCCCCUCCCCUCCCCUCCCCCUCCCCUCCCCUCCCCUCCUCUCCCCUCCCCUCCCCCUCCCCUCCCCUCUCCUCCCCUCCUCCUCCCCCUCCCUCCCUCCCCUCUCUCUCUCUCCUCCCCUCUCUCUCUCUCCUCCCCUCUCUCUCUCCUCCCUCCCCUCUCUCCUCCUCCCUCUCCCCUCCCCUCUCUCUUCCCUCUCUUCCCCCUCUCUCUCCCUCCCCUCUCUUCCCCCUCUCUUCUCCGCCCCUCUCUCUCCUCUCUCUUCUCCUCCCCCCCUCUCUCUCUCCCCCCCCCCCCCCUCUCUCUCUCCCCCCCUCCCUCUCUCUCCCCUCUCUCUCUAGAUGAUUUCUAUGGAGGUGCCACCGGCGUGGCGGAAGGUAGAUGUGAUGCGUGAGGCGCGGGCUGCCCAGGUGCAUUUCUUCCACAGCGGUCCUCACAGACAUGUUCUGGAAGAGAUCUUCUUCCUCAAGAGGCUCCAGACCAUCAGGGAGUUCUUCAGGCUCUGUGGAUCCUUCGCUCAGACACUCUCUGGUGAGAACACUGAUGGGUUUCUAGUCUCUGUGUCUCUCUCUGUGUGUCUCUCUCUCUCUCUCUGAGUUCAAUUUCAAUUUAAGGGCUUUAUUGGCAUGGGAAACAUAUCCAUACAGUUACAUAUCAGGAUAUUAUUUUUGACAAUAUAUGCUACAGUUUUGACUAUCGCAAUAUUAUGUUUUGCUGUAGGUGGCUGUACCUGCACCAGAACUCCAUUAUGUUUCCUUCAUAGCUUGUUCUCCAUCUUUUUAAAUAGAGCCUAUUGGUUUUCAGCACUUUUAUUUCUAUGACUGAUCAAAACCUGUUUUCUCAUGGCUCUCUCUAGUCCCUCUGCAGCAGAUACAUACUGAGCAGUAUGUUUGGAACAUCGAAUCGCAAUAAAAUCACUAUCGGAUAGCAAUCCAUAUAGAAUCGUGAAAAUCGCAACACAUAUCGUAUCACAAAAAUGUAUGCACGCAUGACCAAGUCGCUUUGGAUAAAAGCGUCUGCUAAAUGGCAUAUUAUUAUUAUUAUUAUUAUUAUGAUAAUAUCGUAUCGUGAGGUCCCUGACAAUUCGCUGCCCUAUGAAAUGGUAUCUCAAACAUUGUAUACAGUGAGUUUGACCCUCUCCUUCUCCCCCCUCCCUCCCCAGGUACGUGCCCCCCAGCGGCUGAGGACCCGCCUCCCUCCAACGGCCCUGUAGCGUUAGGGGUUCCGGCGGGUGUAGGUCUACCGGGGAAGUUCCGGGGGUCGUCGGGCGCGGCGGUGGUAGUGAGCGAAGAGCAGAUGACCCGGCCCAUCAAGGCGUUCACAGCAGAGUUUGUCCGUCAGAUGCUGAUGGGUCUUCCCACCCAGACCCUGGGUCUGGCUCUCUGCAGCACCCUGUCUGCCCUGGGUCUGGACCUUACGGCACAGGUGGAGGCCAAGGACUUUGGAGCCGACGGCAAGGUAGGAAGGAGGUCCCUGUGCUGUUGCCUAUAUACUUGAUUGAUCAAAUGUUAUAUUGUCUUCAUACAUUUUUGUUCUGUCCUGAUUUUUAAACUAAAAUGUGAAAUUGUUAAUUGUCCAGGUGUCGUUAGAUGAGUUGUGUAAGCAGACGGUGGUGCAGGGUCUGGGUGCAGGGCGUCUGUCUCAGCUGCUACUGAACAGAGGUACGGUGCUGGCGUCAUCCUACGACACGGCCUGGAAGAAACUGGACCUACUCAGACGCUUGGAGGCCAGCCUCGACGCUGCCAAGGUCUCCCUGCAACGCACCCAGCUACACAUCACCAUGUUCCAGGUGAGAGGAGUGUGUGUGUGUGUUAACCCUGUCCUAUCUCCUGUGUAUUCCAGUGGCAGCAUGAGGACGUGAUAGGUCCUAGGAGUUGUAUGGGGGGAUAAUCCACUCCCAGAAAUAAAAAUCAUGAAACUCCUGUCAAUUUGGUAAAAGCCUAUGUUCUAUCAGUGGGUAAAAUAACAGAUUUUCCCAUUAUUUAACUUCUAAGUGUUCCGUCUGAGAAAUCAGGAAAUUGUGUAGGAACGUGUCAUAGCUACACUAUAUAUACAAAAGUAUGUGGACACCCCUUCAACCCGAUUUUCAACGUGGCACCGUCAUAGUAUGCCACAUAUCCAACAAGUCAGUUCAUCUAAUUUCUGCCCUGCUAGAGCUGCCCCGGGCAACUGUAAGUGAUGUUAUUGUGAAGUGGAAACGUCUAGGAGACACAACAGCUCAGCCACAAAGUGGUAGGCCACACAAGCUCACAGAACGGGACCGCCGAGUGCCUAAAAAUCGUAUGUCCUCGGUUGCAACACUCACUGCCGAGUUCCAAACUGCCUCUGGAAGCAACGUCAGCACAAUAACUGUUAGUCGGGAGCUUCAUGAAAUGGGUUUCCAUGGCCGAGGAGCCGCACACAAGCUAAAGAACACCAUGCGCAAUGCCAAGUGUCGGCUGGAGUGGUUGGAAGCUCGCCGCCAUUGGACUCUGGAGCAGUGGAAACGUGUUCUCUGGGGUGAUGAAUCACGCUUCACCAUCUGGAAAUCCGACGGACGAAUCUGGGUUUGGCGGAUGCCAGGGGAACGCUACCUGCCCCAAUGCAUAGUGCCAACUGUAAAGUUUGGUGGAGGAGGAAUAAUGGUCUGGGGCUGUUUUUCAUGGUUCGGGCUAGGCCCCUUUAAUUCCAGUGAAGGGAAAUCUUAACACUACAGCAUACAAUGACAUUCUAGACGAUUCUGUUCUUCCAACUUUGUGGCAACAGUUUGGGGAAGGCCCUUUCCUGUUUCAGCAUGACAAUGCCCCUGUGCACAAAGCGAGGUCCAUACAGAAAUUGUUUGUCGAGAUCAGUGUGGAAGAACUUGACUGGCCUGCACAGAGCUCUGACCUCAACCCCAUCGAACACCUUUGGGAUGAAUUGGAACGCCGACUGCGAGCCAGGCCUAAUCGCCCAACAUCAGUGCCUGACCUCACUAAUGCGCUUGUGGCUGAAUGGAAGCAAGUCCCCGCAGCAAUGUUUCAUCAUCUAGUGGAAAGCCUUCCCAGAAGAGUGGAGGCUGUUAUAGCAGCAAAGGGGGGGACCAACUCCAUAUGAAUGCCCGUGAUUUUGGAAUGAGAUGUUUUGGUCGUGUAGUGUACAUGGUCACUGGAGAUGGGGAUAACACUAUCACAUUUCAUAACGCUUUUAAAACCAUUACCUUCACACCAGAUUGCUAUAUCAGCCUAUAGAUAGAAUGGGCAUACUGGUCUAGAACACAUUCCUCUGUUUAUAUCCUCAUGAUGAAGUAGCUAUUUAUUUGUGUGUCUGUGAGAAAGGGCCCUUGCUGCCAUGGCAACAUACUCUGCACUCACUCUGGGUAGCAGAGUUGCACAUUUGUUUUUACAGCUAGCUAGCUACUUCACAUGCUGAUAUUGACUCUGGUAUUAUAUUGUGUGGAGCUGUGUUUGCUAGCUAGCCAGCCCAGAGAGAGCAUUGCAUUGUGGGUUUCGUAGUUGACUUAAGCUUCGACAGAUUUCCGCAACGAUUUUCACUUGUUGCUACCAACCUUGUUAUAACGACAAAAUUAAAUAUUCGUUAACAAAAAAUAUUUUCACACAUUAGUGUUAUUUAACACUGUUUAACACGGUUAGUGGUUUGGGGUGGAUUUAUCCCUUUAACCCUGUCCUACCUCUGUGUAUUCCAGUGGCAGCAUGAGGACGUGAUAGGUCCUAGGACCCAGCCAAUGAGUGUGAGCCCUCCGCCUCGCGCCAUCAUCCUCAGUAGUAUGAAGAAGAAGCUUUACAAACUCAGCCAGGACGAGGCGGCCAUUGCUGCUUUACAGGUCAGUACACAGUCAUGGUGGUUUGAUUACUCAUCACCAAUCUGUUAACCUUGAUAGCUAACUAGACCAUUACUCUUAACUACUCCAGUAAAUAAAAUGCUCUCUUUCUCUGUCUAGUCCUUUUAAUGAAUGUGUAGCUGUUUCUUUAAUGAAUCUCUCCUCUCCCCGCCUGCAGGAGAAGCUGGCAUCACUAGAGGGCAGUAUAGAGCAGCGUCUGAAGUGGGCCGGCGGGGCCAACCCUGCCCUGGCCCCGGUUCUCCAGGACUUUGAUCAGACCAUCGCAGAGCGCCGCGCCCUAGUGGCCCGGGAGAGCCAGCGCACCAGCCAGGUACACCACCCCUACACUGUGCUGCAUUUAUGUCCCCAAUGGCACUCUAUUCCCUGUAUAGUCCGGGUUUUCUGGAAGUACAUGGAGUAGCCCACCAAAUAGAUUAAAUAGCCAGCAAGGGAAUUAUGGGCAGGAUUUUUUUUUUGCUUACCGAGCUCUAUUUUGUUGGCUUCUUGUACAUUCUAAUGCCGUGAUUACUGAAAAUGGAUGAAUUCAGUGUGUUUAGUUGUUUUGGAUAUCGUCUAGGCCUAUAUGAUCAGGACUAUCUUCUAAGUAGUAACUUUUUUAACAUUAAACCUGUCUUGAGAUGAAAGUCAUAUUUACAGUUUUACUGCAAGAUAUGAAGUGCCACAAUGAUCAUCAAAUUAUGUAUUUUAUUGGCUAUGCUGCUGUGGACACUUAGGGUAAGGAAACCAAUGUGCCUUUUUGUAAUUUGGGUUGAACUAUCCCUUUAACAGUUUGGCCUGUCAAUCAUUUACUGUGGCUGGGAUUGUCAGGGGAUGGGGCAGGAUGUUUGAGUCACAGAGUUGGUAGAGUUUCAGACCUGUCAAUCAAACCACUGUGGGUGGGACUUUGAGGGAAGGCGGUAGAUUAGUAAUCUAGUCAGAAAAACUAGUCGACUCUUUCAAUUUAGUCCGUAUAUAGCCUUGUGUUCUGUCAAGUAAACUUAGAUUCCCUAUUGAGAAACAAUAUACACUGAACAAAAAUAUCAAUGCAACAUGUAAAGUGAUGGUCCCAUGUUUCAUGAGCUGAAGUAAAAGAUCUGACAUUUUCCAUACGCACAAAAAGCUUAUUUCUCAUAUUUUGUGCACAAAUUAGUUUACAUCCCUGUUAGUAAACGUUUAUCCAUUGCCAAAAUAUUCCAUCCACCUGACAGGUGUGGCAUAUCAAGAAGCUGAUUAAACAGCAUGAUCAUUACACAGGUGCACCUUGUGCUGGGGACAAUAAAGGCCACUCUAAAAUGUGCAGUUUUGUCUCACAACACAAUGCCACAGAUGUCUCAAGUUUUGAGGGAGCAGUGCAAUUGGCAUACUGACUGCAGGAAUGUCCACCAGAGCUAUUGCCAGAUAAUUGAAUUUUCAUUUCUCUACUACAACGUCGUUUCAGAGAAUUUGGCAGUAUGUCCAACCGGCCUCACAACCGCAGACCACGUGUAUGGCGGCGUGGGGCAAGCGGUUUGCUGAUGUCAACGUUGAGACCAGAGUGCCCAAUGGUGGCGGUUGGGUUAUGGUAUGUGCAGGCAUAAGCUACGGACAACAAACACAAUUGCAUUUUAUCAAUGGCAAUUUGAAUGCACAGAGAGACCGUGACGAGAUCCUGAGGCCCAUUGUCGUGCCAUUCAUCUGGCGCCAUCACCUCAUGUUUCAGCAUGAUAAUGCACGCAAGGAUCUGUACAAAAUUCCUGGAAGCUGAAAAUGUCCCAGUUCUUCCAUGGCCUGCAUACUCACCAGACGUGUCACCCAUUUGAGCAGAAUUGCAGGAAAAAUACAUUUAAAAUGCAAAAGAUUCAGGGGGAGGACCCCCCCAGACCCCCCGCCAUAUCAUGCACUCUUACUUUUAUGCAGAGUCAGGCCCCAUGACUAGACCUACAGGUAUGACUGAAGAAUGAAGAGGGUGUUAAGCAUGGGCUUUGCUUCAUGAAGCAGGUGUUAAACAUGGGCUUUGCUUCAUGAAGCAGGUGUUAAACAUGGGCUUUGCUUCAUGAAGCAGGUGUUAAACAUGGGCUUUGCUUCACAGAAAGCAGCAGUUGACUACUCUCUUGUCAACACUUUAAUCAAAUCAGUAGGCCAAUAUCAAUAUCCUUAAUAUUACCAUAUACAGUGGGGGGAAAAAAGUAUUUAGUCAGCCACCAUUUGUGCAAGUUCUCCCACUUAAAAAGAUGAGAGGCCUGUAAUUUUCAUCAUAGGUACACGUCAAUUAUGACAGACAAAAUGAGAAGAAAAAAAUCCAGAAAAUCACAUUGUAGGAUUUUUAAUGUAUUUAUUUGCAAAUUAUGGUGGAAAAUAAGUAUUUGGUCAAUAACAAAAGUUUCUCAAUACUUUGUUAUAUACCCUUUGUUGGCAAUGACACAGGUCAAACGUUUUCUGUAAGUCUUCACAAGGUUUUCACACACUGUUGCUGGUAUUUUGGCCCAUUCCUCCAUGCAGAUCUCCUCUAGAGCAGUGAUGUUUUGGGGCUGUCGCUGGGCAACACAGACUUUCAACUCCCUCCAAAGAUUUUCUAUGGGGUUGAGAUCUGGAGACUGGCUAGGCCACUCCAGGACCUUGAAAUGCUUCUUACGAAGCCACUCCUUCGUUGCCCGGGCGGUGUGUUUGGGAUCAUUGUCAUGCUGAAAGACCCAGCCACGUUUCAUCUUCAAUGCCCUUGCUGAUGGAAGGAGGUUUCCACUCAAAAUCUCACGAUACAUGGCCCCAUUCAUUCUUUCCUUUACACGGAUCAGUCGUCCUGGUCCCUUAGCAGAAAAACAGCCCCAAAGCAUGAUGUUUCCACCCCCAUGCUUCACAGUAGGUAUGGUGUUCUUUGGAUGCAACUCAGCAUUCUUUGUCCUCCAAACACGACGAGUUGAGUUUUUACCAAAAAGUUAUAUUUUGGUUUCAUCUGACCAUAUGACAUUCUCCCAAUCCUCUUCUGGAUCAUCCAAAUGCACUCUAGCAAACUUCAGACGGGCCUGGACAUGUACUGGCUUAAGCAGGGGGACACGUCUUGCACUGCAGGAUUUGAGUCCCUGGCGGCGUAGUGUGUUACUGAUGGUAGGCUUUGUUACUUUGGUCCCAGCUCUCUGCAGGUCAUUCACUAGGUCCCCCCGUGUGGUUCUGGUAUUUCUUCUCACCGUUCUUGUGAUCAUUUUGACCCCCACAGGGUGAGAUCUUGCGUGGAGCCCCAGAUCGAGGGAGAUUAUCAGUGGUCUUGUAUGUCUUCCAUUUCCUAAUAAUUGCUCCCACAGUUGAUUUCUUCAAACCAAGCUGCUUACCUAUUGCAGAUUCAGUCUUCCCAGCCUGGUGCAGGUCUACAAUUUUGUUUCUGGUGUCCUUUGACAGCUCUUCGGUCUUGGCCAUAGUGGAGUUUGGAGUGUGACUGUUUGAGGUUGUGGACAGGUGUCUUUUAUACUGAUAACAAGUUCAAACAGGUGCCAUUAAUACAGGUAACGAGUGGAGGACAGAGGAGCCUCUUAAAGAAGAAGUUACAGGUCUGUGAGAGCCAGAAAUCUUGCUUGUUUGUAGGUGACCAAAUACUUAUUUUCCACCAUAAUUUGCAAAUAAAUGCAUAAAAAAUCCUACAAUGUGAUUUUCUGGAAAUUUUUUUCUCAAUUUGUCUGUCAUAGUUGACGUGUACGUAUGAGAAAAUUACAGGCCUCAUCUUUUUAAGUGGGAGAACUUGCACAAUUGGUGGUUGACUAAAUACUUUUUUCCCCACUGUAAGUAUCAUGACAUUAGCUUUUUCUAACCUUCAGUGUGUUUUCUUUGAUCAUAUCUUGGACCACAAUAAGGCUCUACUAUCUAUUGUUUCUGCAGUGAUGAUUCAACGUCUUCAUCGAGUGUUUUCAUAAUAUUAUCUGCAGAGAAUCGCCAAGAAGCAGUAGUAACCUACCAGUAUGCAAAUUAGGGAGCCAAAUGAACGGCUCUCUCACCGAUUCGGUUCUGUUCACCUAAAAUAUCAGUUCAAAAUGAGGCGUUCAAAAAUAACCGUUUGUUUGAACAACCCAUCAAUAGGCUUCACUGGCAAGUCUCGACAUGGGCUUCGAAUCCUAGUUAAAUACAAACAAGAUAUUUAGUUUACGUGUCCCGACGCGAUACCAUGGACAUAUAACUACGCAUGAUUUAUGAAUAGCAAAGGGAUAUAGGAGAUUUGAAUUAUUCAGUCAGUUUGGCACCUUUUUAUGAACUAGUCAACGCUUGCUGUUUGGUCGUCAAUCAAAGCACAGUAAAUAGCCUGUUACCCGACACCCUGGGUGUGUAGGCUUUAUGAAACACUCAAAAUGAAUGUGCCACGAUGAAAUAAAGCCUGUGUGUCCAUGAAUGCUGACGAUUCAACCAUAUACAUGUCAGCCACCACAGCUGAUGAAGUCACUGAAACCCUUAACAAGGAGUUGCAGUCAGUUUUUGAAUAGGUGGCCAGUAAUAAACGGGUCCUGAACAUCUCGAAAACUAAGAGCAUUGUAUUUGGUACAAAUCAUUCCCUAAGUUCUAGACCUCAGCUGAAUCUGGUAAUGAAUGGUGUGGCUGUUGAACAAGUUGAGGAGACUAAAUUACUUGGUGUCACCUUAGAUUGUGUGUGUGGUCCUCUGUAGCUCAGCUGGUAGAGCACGGCGCUUGUAACGCCAAGGUAGUGGGUUCGAUCCCCGGGACCACCCAUACACAAAAAUGUAUGCACGCAUGACUGUAAGUCGCUUUGGAUAAAAGCGUCUGCUAAAUGGCAUAUUAUUAUUAUAUUAUAUUGUAAACUGUCAUGGUCAAAACAUAUAAAUUCAAUGGUUGAAAAGAUGGGGAGAGGUCUGGCCGUAAUAAAGAGAGAUACUCUUGACACCACACUCCACAAAGCAAGUCCUGCAGGCUCUAGUUUUGUCUUGAUUAUUGUCCAGUCGUGUGGUCGAGUGCUGCAAGAAAGACCUAGUUAAGCUGCAGCUGGCCCAGAACAGAGCGGCACGUUUUGCUCUUCAUUGUAAUCAGAGGGCUGAUAUUAAUACUAUGCAUGCCAGUCUCUAUUGGCUAAGAGUUGAGGAGAGACUGACUGCAUCACUUCUUUUUUUAUAAGAAACAUUAACGUGUUGAAAAUUCCAAAUUGUUUGCUUAGUCAAUUUACACACAGCUCUGACACUUACCCCACCAGACAUGCCACCAGGGGUCUUUUCACAGUCCCCAAAUCCAGAACAAAUUCAAGAAAGCGUACAAUAUUAUAUAGCGGCAUUAUUAAAUGGAAUUCCCUUCCAUCUCAUAUUGCUCAAAAGAACAGCAAACCUGGUUUAAAGCAACACCUUACGGCACAACGCCUCUCCCCUAUUUGACCUAGAUAUUUUGUGUGGAUGUAUUGGUAUGUUGGCUACGUGUGCAAUCUUUUAAAAUUGAUGUAGUUUUCUGCUUGAGCGGUUGUCUAUUAAGGUUCUGUAUUAUGUCAUGUUUCGUGUGGACCCCCGGGAAGAGUAGCUGCUGCUUUCAUAACAGCUAAUGGGGAUCCUAAUGAAAUACCAAAUACCACAAAACAAUACGUGGAUUUCAACUCAUCGUUACCACGUACGUGGGACGUGUAAAUUCUCUCACAUGAGACGAUGAAGCCACAUCAUGCUCUCCCUCCUCAGUGAAAAUACAUUUGACCGCAGCCAACCUACAGCGUACAAAAAUAACACUGGUACCGAGAGGCGGGACAGAGAGCAGACUGACUAACCAGCAGUGUUUCCCUGCCAUCGCUCGCUCUGUGACUGACAGGCGCCUGUCCUAUCAAUACAGCACUAGAAGGUGCAUAGCGUUCAUUCUAGCGGGAGAAGGCUAUACGUACAUUUCUGACUACCGAAUUUAAACUUUGAAAUGAAAAGAAGCCUAGUUAAUUUAUACAGUGGAAAAAGUAGCCGGAUUACAGUUAAUCUGUUAUCGGCUAUUUAGCCGAAGGAAGGCGCUUAUGGAAAACUCCUAACUCCUGAGUGGCGCAGUGGUCUAAGGCACUGCAUCGCAGUGCUAACUGUGCCACUAGAGACCCUGGUUCGAAUCCAGGCUCUGUCGCAGCCGGCCGCGACCGGGAGACUCAUGGGCGGCGCACAAUUGGCCCAGCGUCGUCCAGGGUAGGGGAGGGAAUGGCCGGCAGGGAUGUAGCUCAGUUGAUAGAGCAUGGCGUUUGCAAUGCCAGGGUUGUGGGUUCGAUUCCCACGGGGGGCCAGUAUAAAAAAAUAUGUAUUCACUAACUGUAAGUCGCUCUGGAUAAGAGCGUCUGCUAAAUGACUAAAAUGUAAAAUGUAAAACAUUUGUAUAGUGCACAUAUUUUGACCAGGGCCCUGCGACGGGCCGUAUGUUCAAGCUAGUAACCACGUGUUCUUCAAGCCUGGCCCUGGAUAGCUAUUUCUGCUGAUUUAACCUUUUUUUUUUUUUUUAUACGAAUUUAAAAUUAUAUCUAAACUUUAUUCCAACUACCAAUUGACGUUCCUCAACUUUGUCAUUCCUGUUACAGGUGUUGUCCUCAACUUUAUCAUUCCUGUUACUAGGUGUCAUCCACAACUUUAUUAUUCCCGUUACUAGAUGUCGUCCUCAACUUUAUUAUUCCCGUUACCAGGUGUCGUCCUCAAAUGUGUUAUUCCCGUUACCAGGUGUCGUCCUCAACUUUAUCAUUCCAGUUACCAGGUGUCAUCCUCAACUUUAUCAUUCCCGUUACCAGGUGUCGUUCUCAACUUUAUCAUUCCCGUUACCAGGUGUCGUUCUCAACUUUAUCAUUCCCGUUACCAGGUGUUGUCCUAAACGGUGUUAUUCCCAUUACCAGGUGUUGUCCUAAACGGUGUUAUUCCCAUUACCAGGUGUUGUCCUAAACGGUGUUAUUCCCAUUACCAGGUGUUGUCCUAAACGGUGUUAUUCCCAUUACCAGGUGUUGUCCUAAACGGUGUUAUUCCCAUUACCAGGUGUUGUCCUAAACGGUGUUAUUCCCAUUACCAGGUGUUGUCCUAAACGGUGUUAUUCCCAUUACCAGGUGUUGUCCUAAACAGUGUUAUUCCCAUUACCAGGUGUUGUCCUAAACAGUGUUAUUCCCAUUACCAGGUGUUGUCCUAAACAGUGUUAUUCCCAUUACCAGGUGUUGUCCUAAACAGUCUUAUUCCCAUUACCAGGUGUUGUCCUAAACAGUGUUAUUCCCAUUACCAGGUGUUGGCCUAAACGGUGUUAUUCCCAUUACCAGGUGUUGUCCUAAACGGUGUUAUUCCCAUUACCAGGUGUUGUCCUAAACGGUGUUAUUCCCAUUACCAGGUGUUGUCCUAAACGGUGUUAUUCCCAUUACCAGGUGUUGUCCUAAACGGUGUUAUUCCCAUUACCAGGUGUUGUCCUAAACUGUGUUAUUCCCAUUACCAGGUGUUGUCCUAAACUGUGUUAUUCCCAUUACCAGGUGUUGUCCUAAACUGUGUUAUUCCCAUUACCAGGUGUUGUCCUAAACUGUGUUAUUCCCAUUAUCAGGUGUUGUCCUAAACAGUCUUAUUCCCAUUACCAGGUGUUGUCCUAAACAGUGUUAUUCCCAUUACCAGGUGUUGGCCUAAACGGUGUUAUUCCCAUUACCAGGUGUUGGCCUAAACGGUGUUAUUCCCAUUACCAGGUGUUGUCCUAAACGGUGUUAUUCCCAUUACCAGGUGUUGUCCUAAACGGUGUUAUUCCCAUUACCAGGUGUUGUCCUAAACGGUGUUAUUCCCAUUACCAGGUGUUGUCCUAAACUGUGUUAUUCCCAUUACCAGGUGUUGUCCUAAACUGUGUUAUUCCCAUUACCAGGUGUUGUCCUAAACUGUGUUAUUCCCAUUACCAGGUGUUGUCCUAAACUGUGUUAUUCCCAUUAUCAGGUGUUGUCCUAAACUGUGUUAUUCCCAUUACCAGGUGUUGUCCUAAACAUUGUUAUUCCCAUUACCAGGUGUUGUCAUAAACGUUAUUAUUCCUGUCCCAGGUGACGUUCCUGUGCAGUACCAUACUGAACUUUGAGGGUCUGCGGACGCGGACCUCCGAGGCCCUGAGCAUGGACUCUACUCUGUUUGAGCUGCUGAAGAGGUGCCAGCAGACCUGCUCCUACGCUGCCCAGUUCAACACCUCCGUCUCCCCCAUAGAGCUACAGCUGCUGCACAGACUGGUGAGUACUGACCCCUGACCCCUAGCUACAGCUCCACAGACUGGUGAGUACUGAUCCCUAACCCAUAGCUACAGCUCCACAGACUGGUGAGUAUUUAGGUGUUAAUUGGACACAAAUUGAAAGGAAAUGCAAGAAACCAGCAGACACUCCGCCCUCCGACACUAGGUUUUCACUCCAACCCUAAUCUAGUACAACUGGGGUUGGAGCAAAAUCCUACAGGAGAGGAGCUCUCCAGGAACCGUGUUGGGCAGUGCUGAUAAAGGGGAUAGGUGUACCAUUUGGGACUCGCGUCACUCUCUCAUCUUUCCUCUCCCCUCAACCUCAGAGCCCGGCGUUGGAGCUGCCCAUCGGCAGCCCUGAUUGGCUGGCCUGUGCCCAGAAGCAGCUGGGUCAGGAGCUGGCUACCCAGGGGGCUGUGCAAGAGGAGCGCGAGCAGCAGCUGGACGUCGCCACGGAAACACUGCAGCUAUUGGUGGACAGCAUCAAGGGCAUCCUGUCCAAUCACAACCGCCACCUGGCUGACGUCAAACACCUGCUGAAGGCCAUGGCCAAG